AAUGGGCGACUUUCGCUACUUAGCCUGCCUGCUUUUCCCAAUCAUUAUUCCUCUAUGGAGAAACAAGGAGCUUUAAGUAACACUGAUUUACGUCUUCAUUUGAUACCCCACUCUUCUGAUGCAAUGAAGAGGAGUCGUCUUUGAAAGAUAUUCCCGAGAAGUUCGCUAAAGAAGGAGAAGUGAGGUGAAAACAAAAGUGCCAAUGAAGAUCAAGUUGAUGUAAAACAGAAAGCAGCCAUGUCGUUAAGAGAGUUAAAAGUUUGUCUUCUUGGGGAUACCGGUGUUGGCAAGUCAAGUAUCGUGUGGAGAUUUGUGGAGGACAGCUUUGAUCCAAACAUCAACCCAACUAUUGGUGCAUCUUUUAUGACCAAGACGGUACAACACCAAAACGAGCUCCACAAGUUCCUCAUUUGGGACACGGCGGGACAGGAGCGGUUCCGAGCUCUGGCACCAAUGUACUACAGAGGCUCUGCAGCCGCCAUCAUUGUUUAUGACAUCACAAAAGAGGACUCCUUCCAAACGUUGAAGAACUGGGUGAAGGAGCUCCGUCAGCACGGCCCUCCCAAUAUCGUGGUGGCCGUUGCCGGAAACAAAUGUGAUCUGUCGGACGCCAGGGAAGUCUUAGAAAAGGACGCCAAGGACUACGCCGAAUCCAUCCAUGCCAUAUUUGUCGAAACCAGUGCCAAAAACGCCAUCAACAUCAACGAAGUUUUUAUCGAGAUAAGUAGGCGCAUCCCAGUGGUCGAUGCGUCCGGGGGAACGUCGGCAAAAGGUUUCAAACUGGGGCGGCAAGAGUCAGAGUCUCGCAGGACGUGCUGCUGAUGGCGACGCUUGGCUGGUGACUAUUUGCUCAUUCUUCUAUUGUACCAACGCGAGCAAAAACAUUGCUCACAAUAGGGAUGUUGGAAGUGACAGACAAGUAACCUACAAAUAAUCGGACUCGUGUCGAAGGUCUGUCAUCUCCGUAUGAGUGUGAUUAUUUUUGAGAGUGUUUCAAUGAUUGUUUUCAAUAAUGAUUUCUCUCCAUCAUGAAAACGCCAUUUCUGCCGUCGUUCGUCUUUGCAGUCCGUCAUUUUGAUUCUUGAUGUCCCAUGUUGAAAAAGGCACAUGUCAGCUGCAAAAGUAGAAACUGAUUCAAUUGUGAGGCAGACAGACAAUGGCCCUUUUACAUACAUGACUUCUUUUUUCACUACUCACAACAAGUUAGUUAGUUAGGGAUGUUGGCCUUUUGGGAUGACAUUUCAAGAUGAGCCUAAAAAUGCACAAUUGCCUUGACAUGUCAACUCAAUGUGACCUCAAUCAAUUUGCUGAAUGUUUCAGUACUUUUUGCACACCUUGCUGUUCCCCAAUAAGGUUUUGUUGAUUCACUUCGGAUUUGUAUCGAACGAGUCCUCAUGAUGCUGUUGACAUUUUGACAUCACAAGAUCAAGAUGACAGCGUUCAUUCCAGUGUCCUUUAUUUGCGUCCAUGAAAACGCUCUUCCAAUUGACCUACAUUUAAAAACCAAACAAAUACUGAGCUCAAGAAGCUAACGUGGCGCUACAUAAGAACACAUUUUGAACCCGGGAUGAACCUCUGCCGCUGAUCUACUUUCACUUACUGCAUUUGUUCAUCUUCACUGGCUGUUUUUUUAGGCUCCAGCUCAUCCACAAUACAAACGAGGACAAGUGUUAGAGUAUACAAAUGAAGGCUACGUAAGUGGUUCUCUUUUAACUGCUUGCUGCACCGAGACAGUGUUUCCCAUAUUUGAACUCUAUUCCAGAAUGUACAUAGACCAGUGGUUCUUAACCUUUUUCCUUAUUUGCACCCCAUUCAAUUCACCAACCAGUUCUCGCACCCCUAACCCUAAAUGAUUAUCACCAUAAUAAUUGGUUUACUUUACAGCUAUAAGGCUUAAUUAGCAUUAUCCCUAAUGCCAAAUAACACAAUGACUUCUUGAUUUCCAGAAUCUUUCCCUUUUUUCGGUUACCUGACCGUUAUUCCGGAAGAUUUGUAACUUUCCCCCAGGGCAUUCUCGCACCCCCUAGCACCCUUGGUUAAGAACCACUGACAUAGACUGUAACCUUUUUUUUUUUUUUUUAUGAGAAAGUAAAGCGUUCUGAUGCGCUUUAUUUGAAUGGUUUAAUGUCAAAAUAGCAUAUCUGUGCUCAAUUGUUGGCAGUUUGAUUGUGAAAUUGUGAUUGCGACAGCUAAUUAAUUCCACUGUUGCCGUAAAAUAGUCUUGGGCUGGCCCUGGGAACACGAAUGGCCAGUGUUAUGUAUAGUUUACAUCAUAUGACUUGGCAUUGCACAAAAUUCAACGACUGUUCUGUAUUCAAACAGUUUAGCGACAACGUUACACGUAUGCAUUUUAAAUGAUAUCGGCACUUUGGUAACAAUAUUCAACUUUGGAUUGUUUCAUAUUGUCUAAAUGUUUGUUAAAAAAUGUUAGCAGUGUAUUUCCAAGUGUCUACUAAGGGAAUUGUUAAAUUCUUUAUAAUUAAAAGACUGAAAAAAUGUG